CCUCAGCAGUCUGAAUGGGAUUUAACACUGUGCUUCCCUCUGUCCUCCGAGCCUGAGGACACCUUCCCUCGGUGAAUGCCAGCAGGAGGAGGAGUGUGUGGCACUGGUACCCUCCUCCACGGCAGCUGGCACUGGGUAGUGCUGGUGAGUAAGCGGCUGAGCUCGGUGUGCUUGCGUGUGUGUGAGGCUGGAGCCUUCACAAGAGGCUUGAAGAUGAAAUAGCUGAGGAUUGCCUGGAGCAAGGGAUGCUUCCCGUGUUUAAGACAAGCACCGACCUGCGCUCACGAGGAAGGAGAGACUCAAUUCACUCCACAAGGAUUCCUCGGAGACCUUAUUUCCAAGGGACCAAAGAAGGAGAAGAGGAUGAGAAGCCGAGAUGGUCCCAAGAGGUUCUGCUGUCGGCGUCUGUCUUUCGCCUUGGAAGAGGAACCUGAGGCUUCCCUGCACUAAGAGCUUCUGUGUCCCAUCUGCUCCCACGCCCUGAAGUCAAACUCGGCAGCUUAGGUGCAGCAGGCACUGUACAAACAUGUCAGCCUUGCCUCCACCCCUUUCCCUGCUCCCUGCUCCCGUCUCUGCCUCUCGAGCUCAUCGCCGUGUCAGCGGAUCCCGGUGUCGGAGCGCUCGCACCUCACCUCAGCUUACGGAGCAAUGAGGAGUCAGGGGGAUGGUCCUGGAAGGGAAGCAAAUCCGGGAGCUGGAUUCCUUUGGGAAGGACUUUACUUCAGCUUUACUCCUAUAGCCCAGCAACACUGUCCUCCAAUCGGCUUUGCUGCAUGACAGUGGGAGAGUUUCCCUUCAGACCCUUCUUUCUCCUCUCCCUUGGAAUUGGCCUCUACCAGCAUUGUUGCAGCAGGACUGACAGACAUUAACGCUUUAAUGUAUCUGGGGACAGAGUACUGAAAACCAGAAGAGAAGUUUGUGGCUGGCAUCAUGUUCCGCAAGAAGAAGAAGAAACGCCCGGAGAUCUCUGCUCCUCAGAACUUUGAGCAUCGUGUCCACACCUCCUUUGACCCAAAGGAGGGCAAGUUUGUGGGUCUGCCACCUCAAUGGCAGAACAUCCUCGACACGCUAAGGCGCCCCAAGCCAGUGGUGGACCCCUCAAGGAUCACAAGGAUGCAACUCCAGCCUAUGAAGACCGUGGUGAGGGGCAGCACAGUGGAAGUGGAAGGUUAUAUCUCCGGGAUACUCAACGACAUCCAGAAGCUUUCUGCCAUCAGCUCCAACACUCUGAGGGGCAGGAGCCCCACCAGCAGGAGGAGAGCACAGUCCCUCGGGCUGCUGGGGGAGGACAGACCCCCGGACAUGUAUCUUCAGAGCCCUGAAGUAGACUGGGCAGACAAAUACGGGAACUACCUCAAUUGCAACGGUGGGACCAAGGUGACCCGGAGGCAGACGAUGUGGCCGGAUUAUAAACCCCGGUUGGAAGGACAGGCUCAUCCCAAUGGAAUGGUAAUGAAAGCUCAGUCCCUGGGACCAUCGGAGUUCCAGGGUGCUGAUGGCAGCUGCCUGCAGCGUGCCUCUGGACUGCAGCACAUGGCAGCUGUACCAGGGGACAGUGAGAAGGAAGGGAAGAGGAGCUCGGAUGAGUGUUGGCCUCAGCCUUGUGUGGUCCGACAGGCAAACUCCAGGCCCUCAGGGGAAGGCAGCCCCAGCUCCAAGUCAAGGGAGAACAGCUUGAAGAGGAGGCUCUUCCGCAGCGUGUUCCCCUCAUCCGGGGGCUCCAACAAGCCAGGCCCUUCCCUGCAGAUAAAGCCUAAUGCUUUCUUCAGGCCGCAGCAAUGGGGCUCCCCACGCAGCCUCGCAGCCAAAGCCCAGUCCCUUCCACCCGACCAGCCUGCAUCCGAUCCCCCCAGGAUGCUCUCAGAUGCUGGGACCCCUCACAAGUCCCCACCGGUGGAGAAGGCAAUGGCAGUGCCCCAGGGCAGACCCUCCCCUGCUGGCUCCCCUCGGAACAGGCAGACCCAGACCAGCACCAGCAACCUCCACCUUCCCCAGGACACUGGGAAGGGGCAGUUGGGCAGUGAGGACCCGGUGGUUGUGACUCAUGAGCAGUUCAAAGCUGCCCUGAGGAUGGUUGUGGACCAAGGGGACCCCCGGACGUUGUUGGAGAACUAUGUGAAGAUUGGUGAAGGGUCCACGGGUAUUGUCUGCAUUGCUCGAGAGAAGCACUCGGGGAGGCAGGUGGCUGUGAAGAUGAUGGACCUGAGGAAGCAGCAGCGCCGGGAGCUCCUUUUUAAUGAGGUGGUGAUAAUGAGGGACUACCAACACGUUAACGUAGUGGAGAUGUACAAGAGCUACCUGGUGGGAGAGGAGCUCUGGGUGCUGAUGGAGUUCCUACAGGGGGGAGCCCUCACAGACAUCGUGUCUCAGAUCAGGCUAAAUGAGGAGCAGAUUGCAACGGUGUGUGAAUCAGUGCUGCAGGCUCUGACCUAUCUCCACUCUCAGGGGGUCAUUCACCGAGACAUUAAGAGUGACUCCAUCCUUUUGACACUGGAUGGAAGGGUCAAGCUCUCAGAUUUUGGCUUCUGUGCUCAGAUCAGUAAGGAUGUACCUAAGAGGAAGUCCCUAGUAGGUACUCCCUACUGGAUGGCUCCAGAAGUCAUUGCAAGGAUACCAUACACUACUGAGGUGGAUAUCUGGUCUCUGGGCAUCAUGGUGAUAGAGAUGGUGGAUGGAGAACCCCCCUAUUUUAGUGACUCUCCAGUCCAGGCAAUGAAGAGGCUCCGUGACAGUCCUCCUCCCAAGCUGAAGAACUUCCACAGGACCUCCCCAGUCCUAAGAGACUUCUUGGAGAGGAUGCUGACCCGGGACCCGCUGGAGAGAGCAACAGCACAAGAGCUUCUGGAUCACCCCUUCCUGCUCCAGACAGGGCUACCCGAGUGCCUGGUCCCCCUUAUCCAACAGUACAGGAAGAGAACCUCCACCUGCUGACCUGUCCCAUGCUCAUUAAACCUGGAUUCACAAAGAUGGAGAGGUUUUGUUAAUCCUGACCCAUGAACAGGCAGCCUCGCCCUGGGAAUGGUGCUUGGAACUUGUCAUUUUAGAGGCUGAAUGGGAAUUCUCAGCCUUUUGUGGCUUCUCUUUUGCUGAAGACAAUCAAUACAGACUGGAUCCCAAUGAGAGCAAGUGCAUCUCAAGAGCAACGCAGGUGUUUGAUGGCUCGUGGAUCGCUGCUCUGAAGAGUGGCAUCUUAAAGCUGAGUCUAAAGUUGCAUAUGUGGAUGUCUGCAGGUUCCUGCAGACUGUGGCUGCUGACUACUGAAGUGGAACAGUAUUUCCCCGUGACAAAUGUGAUCUCUGUUUCCUUCGUUGUACACUGGAGCUGGUACAGUACAAUGUACAGUAUACAGUGUACAGUGUACAGGUACUGUACACAGGUACAGCUGACUCGGCUGUACCUUGUGGGGCACAGACCCCCUGAACCUCUCAGACAAUGCACAAAGACUGGACAGGGUUUUUCCUCUGGGACCUUUUCAGAUGGUUUUAGUUCCCUUGGGUGAGAUGUGGACCUCCAGAGCUGUACAUACAUUCCUAAGGAGCAGAUGGGAUAUGUAUAUAUUCGUUUCUAAAUGGUUUUCUUGCAUCAUCGUGCUUCUCUUUUGAGGAAUAUGUAUGGUUUAGUGGUCAAUCCUGAAUCCAUUUCAUGAUCUUUAACUUUGGGAGGGGGGAAACCCUUGGAUACUGACUCUGACAACAGGGAUUCCUACCACCAGGUUGGAAGCUCACCAUAUGCAACACCUCCAAGUGCUGGUUGGAAUGGGGGGAGCUGGUUCCUGGGUUUGAUUUCCAGCACCUUUCUUUCCCAGUCCUUCCUCCCAGGAUCACUUCCCUGGGCCAAUCACUGGGGAGCACUUUAGGGAUGCUCAAGGAGACUGAAUGGGGAAGCUUCAGCUCUCCUGCACAUCCCAGGAGGGAGUUUUGUGCUCACAUGAGGUGCUUUUUGAGCCUCUGUCUCCCCACCUUGCUACUGCAGUCAAUGGGGAGCUGAGAAACCUUUGCUGUAUGUCCUAUUCUCGGUGUGCCCCUUCCCCACCAUCCCUUUGCUGCUGCAUUUGGAAGGUUCCCGGUUGUCUAAACUGCUCUUUUAGCUCCUUUCAAAUAGGUGUAGCUGUUUUGUAUGAUGCCCUUUCUGAUCAGUGAGCUAGCCAAGGGUCGUUGGACUCGAGGUCAGGAUGUGACGUUGUACAGUAAUGGUGCGUGGUUGUUGUGAGGUCUUAAGGGUGUAACUUACACGUGGAACUCGGAUCCUCUUUGGAAACCCCAGAUACAAAUUCACUGGGAUUUAAGUUAUCCCUGGGACAGUUGUUCUGUCUCAAACUGAACCUCAGAGCUGCAGAUGUCACUAAGCUCAAUCCUCUGCUCUUGACUCCAGUUACAGAUCCUGCUUCAGAAUUGAAGCCACAGUUGAUUACUUGAAGUAAUUUGGGAUGGGAUUCAUCUGCACUGAUGCCAGCCAGCAAAUGGUGGGCACCCAGUCUGCAAGGCACAUAGCUUGGCUCUGUAGACCAUGGUGAUGGGAGCACCUCAGGGGUGGUUCAUCUCUGCUAGCUCAGAUCCUGCUCAAGGACCAUCGCUGGCUCUCACACUGUGGCCAGUACAGGGAUGGGGCUGGUUUAGACUGGAUGCCUGCGUUUGGGGCUGAUGGAGUUGGUUGGAAUGAAUUCAUUGGCUCCUCUUUAGCUGCACUGGAAGGUUUUGAUGUAAACUGUUUCUGUAUCCCAGAUCUCCUGCUUUUUUUAUGCCAAAGAGCAGGGCUUUGAGAUUUCUAAUUGAAACAAAGGACCCUGCUCGGCUGUAGUUGUGAAUCCUUUGCACUCGUGUUUUAAAUUAAAGUAGAUUUGAUUGAUUCCUAA